UGCCAGUGUAGCGGCAUACGGUCCUCGCGUUCUCGUUAAAAGCAGUUCCAGUUGUUGGAGAGGUAUUUCACGAACUUUCUUCAAAAACGGAAGGAACUCAUUGUUUCCUCAUACUUCCUCCAUCUACCAUCAAGUUAAAAAUAUUGUCGAAGACCCCAUCGGAUCAACAUGGCUGAAGGCAAGUUCCUGAAACAGGGAGGCGAGAAGACCACUCCUUUUGAAUCCCAGGUCAGUCAGUUGCUGUUGGAUCUCGAGCAGAACAACAACGACCUGCGCAACCAGAUGCAGGAGCUGCUGGUCAAUGAAGCCAAGGAGAUGGAAGUCGGCGGAAAGAACGUGAUCGUUCUGCUGGUACCACCGCCACAGCUGAAGGCCUGGCAGAAGAUCCAUGUGCGGGUGGUGCGCGAGCUGGAGAAGAAGCUGGGUGGACGGACCGUGAUCUUCAUCGCCAAGCGCCGUAUGCUGCCCAAACCCACCCGGAAGACCGUUAAGCUCAAUCAGAAGCGCCCACGGUCCCGCACAUUGACAGCGGUGCACGAAAACAUGCUGGCCGAUAUUGUCUAUCCUGCGGAGAUUGUCGGCAAGAGGAUCCGCAUCAAGACGGACGGAUCGCGGUUGAUUAAGGUGCAUCUGGAUAAAGCUAGUUUGAACCAUGUCGAGCAUAAGACUGAUGUGUUCGCAUCGUUAUACAAAAAGUUAACAGGUAAAGCUGUCAGUUUCGAGUUUCCCGAGCCGAUCUUUUAAGAUGACGCUGGAUGUUACCUGGUUUCUGUCUGUUCUUCAAUAAAAAAUUUCGUAAAUUCCGG